AGAGAGAUGGGAAUUUUUCACAAUUAUUUAUUCCAUAAAGCCAACAUAUAUUCAUUUUGCUUUUUCAAUACUUCAAAAAUCACUUCUUUAAACUCUCUCCCCCAAAGAAGACACUUUAGCGAGUUUAGACACACUUUCCUCCUCCUAGCUCCUUCUCUUCUAAGUAUUCUUUCUUUCCAUAGUCUCUUCAAGCUUUGUGCAUGUGUUAGCUAAAAUGGGUUCCGAUGAUAUUUAUAAUACAUGCCUUGUUCUUGGGCCAGGCUUCUCUAAUCAUGAUCAUCAAGAAAGGAAGAGGAAGAACAUCAACAAGGUUAUUCCUUUGAAAUCUGAUCACCACAGCUACUUGUUCCCAUCUGAUCUAACAUUAGGUCCGUCAUCAGAAGAGAUCAGCAUGUGCUGGUCAGCAUCCGCGCCGAGAAAGAUUAAUGAUCUUCCUCAAGACUUGCAGGAGCAAAAACAAAAGGCUACUUCUUCUCCUAGUACUACUACUGCCGCAUCUUCCUUGUCUAACUCUAAUAGUGUCAAGAAGGAAAGAGAGUUUGAAGAAGUGGAGGUAGAGAGAAGCUCUUCAAGGGUAAUUAGUGAUGAAGAUGAAGAAGGUAGCCCUAGAAAGAAACUCAGACUCACAAAAGAACAAUCCGCCGUCUUAGAAGAGAGAUUCAAAGAACAAAGUACUCUUAACUCGAAGCAAAAGCAAGUGUUAGCAGAGCAAUUGAAUUUGAGGCAGCGUCAAGUAGAAGUUUGGUUUCAAAACAGAAGAGCCAGGAAUAAACUGAAGCAAACAGAAGUAGAUUGUGAGGAGUUGAAGAAAUGCUGUGAAACAUUAACAGAAGAGAACAAGAGGCUGCAAAAGGAGCUACAAGAGCUUACGUCAUUCAAGAUGAACGACAAUACUGCACCGUUUUAUAUGCAGCUGCCGGCGGCAACUCUCACUCUCUGUCCUCGUUGUGAGAGGACGGCCACUGGUUCUGCAUGGUGAUGCACUGAUUUCUACAAUCCUUUCAACCAUCCAUCUGCGGCUUGUUAGAUUAACACUUUGUAAUUAAGGCCUAAUUAUGCUAUAUAAAAUUUCGGUGUUAUAUUAUUUGUAGAUUAAUUAGUUACUAAAUUAAACUGAUUAUUAAUUAUUACAUGUGUGUAAACAUUUUCUCUGUGUUGUCAUGUACAUGUUUGUGAAUUAGUUUUAGGAAAAGACGACCAAGGGAAUUUUUGUCUUAUUUCAAUUCAAUGAAGCAAUUAGGUUAAUUAU